AUGAGAGCGACUUGGGGAACAAGAGGCCAGAGCGAGACGGCCGAUCUGUUCAUCACGGUCAAGCGGGUCGGACGCAUGCUCGAGCGUGUCUAUGGCGCCACUGUCUUGACUAUCCUGCUACAGGACGGAAUCGAUGCAGGCCAAAGCGUGCCACACCUGCACGUCCAUGUGGUCCGUCGCACAACGGCGGACCUAGACCAUAAGGACGGCCCCGAUGCGAUAUACACCAGGCUGGAGGGGGAUAACAGCAACCUCUGGCAGCAGCCGGUCCAAAGGCAGCGACAGCUACGAGCGCGCCAGCCCAAGGCGGACGAGGAUGCCCUGCAGCCCAGACAGGAAGAGGAGAUGGCUGCUAAAGCUAAUAUGUUCAAGUAUAAGAUGAAAAGACAGGAGAAAUGUGGAUAA